AUGGAUAAGAGUUGGAUGCAGGAAACUCAUAGAUUUGGUGAGAAAUAUUCCAAAGGUGUUGAACAAUUCAUUAGAAUGGCACGUGGUCACGUGGAUGAGCUUAAUAGGAUCAAGUGUCCAUGUUGCAAGUGUGAGAAUCGUUAUUAUAAGCCUAUAGACAUGGUGGAAGAUGAUUUGUUCAUUAACGGAAUUGAUAUGAACUACACCCAAUGGGUAUUUCAUGGGGAAGAAGACCCGUUUCGUAUAAAUGAGCAUGUCAAUCAUAAUGAUGAUAAUGCAAGUUCAGAGGAUAUUGAUGAGGUUGAACAAAUGUUAAAUGACAUCGGUAUGGGGACAUUUCUAGGUGCUAAUGCAGGUGAAUCCUCUACUACUCCAGGUCCAACAACCAAUGAUUACAAAUCGAGAACUUUUGACCAAGUGUUGGAAGAUGCCCGAUGUGAACUUUAUCCAGGCUGUAAGAAGUUUUCAAAGCUCUCUUUCACUGUGAAUCUACUUCAUAUAAAAACACUUUGCAAUAUGAGUAACAAGGCGUUUGAUAUGGUGAUUGACUUGAUAAAGAGAGCUCUCCCAGAUGGAGAGGCAUUACCAAGAUCAUAUUAUGAGAUGAUACAUGCAUGUAAGAAUGAUUGCAUACUUUUUUGGAAGAAUCACGCUGAUAAAGAAGAAUGCCCAACAUGCAAAACUUCAAGAUGGGCAACGGUCAAAGGUAAAGGUAAGAAAAUUCCACAUAAGGUCUUACGGUAUUUCCCAAUUAAACCGAGAUUGCAACGGUUGUUUAUGUCGAAAGAUAUUGCCAAAGAUAUGAGGUGGCACAAAGAUGGGCGUCAAGAUGAUGGAAAUCUAAGACAUCCAGCUGAUUCAAUAUUGUGGAAAGAGUUUGAUAAAGAACAUGUUCAAUUUGCUCAGGACUCCCGCAACGUGCGACUUGGUUUAGCAAGUGAUGGUUUCAACCCAUUUGGUAAUAUGAGUACAUCAUAUAGCAUAUGGCCAGUAGUACUUGUGCCGUAUAAUUUACCUCCGUGGAGGUGUAUGAAAGAUCCAUAUAUGAUAAUGUCUUUACUUAUCCCUGGACCUAAGGCACCUGGAAAUGAUAUUGAUGUGUAUCUGCAACCGUUAGUGGAUGAUUUGCAAGAAUUAUGGACUGAAGGCAUUCCUACGUAUGAUGCGUCGACACAUGAGAAUUUUAAGUUGCAUGCAACAUUAUUAUGGACUAUAAACGAUUUUCCUGCAUAUGGAAACUUGUCUGGGUGGUCUACUAAGGGAAAGCUUGCCUGUCCAGUAUGUAACAAGGAUACAAUAUUUAGAAGGUUGAAGUUUGGAUUUAAGACGUGCUACAUGGGUCAUCGUCGGUUCUUACCUCAGGGGCAUAUAUGGCGCAAAAAAAAAAUCUCUCUUUGA